CGCAACUCUAAUCACAGUUCGGUAGACGUAAACACAGGGUACGGUACAGUGUUUAGUUUAGUCCGAUCAUCAUUGCAAUAACGCGCUUAUCGAUACGCUUAUUGCCCACCUAUAAAGAACACCUAAACCAGUUUAGCUAGUUUGUUAUUCCGUGAUGUGUUUGGUGUAAAAUAGAACCACUACGUCAGUUCUUCGGUAUUGUUCUUCUUGUAAAUAUAUGCAGAGGUGACGACAGUGUUGAGGAACGUUUUGAACCAUGAAGUUGUUAGUAGGCACUGCCCUAACUUUGUUCGUCUUGUAUACAUUUUCCCAAGAAACGUCCGCCAAUUGUCUUGGGCCAUUAGGCACAGUAAACCAGAAUGGGCAAAAAUCCUUGUACACAGGCCAACAGGACUUCUCCUUAGCUCUGCUGAACGCCAUCAAUAAACUCUCACCAGAUGAUAACCUAUUCUUUUCACCUUAUUCCACCUAUCAUGCUCUGUUGAUUGCCUUCUUUCUUGCUGGAAAUCAAACUGAGAAAUUUUUGAGAACCACUCUGAGGCUGGAUAAUUCACAGACCAAAAAUGACAUCUAUCUGGCCUACAAACUCGAUAAGCUGCGAACAAACUUCACAAGUCUGCAGGCAGCCUACGAAUUCACGAGUGCCAACAAGAUUUUCGUCGGCGACGACGUUCCAGUGAGAGAUUGCAUCUUGGACCUCUUCCAGGAUGAAAUCACCAUCACCAAAUUCAGAACAGACGCUGAAGCCGCUAGGAAUAGGAUAAAUCAGUGGGUUGAAGAUAGGACGAACAGAAUGAUCAAAAACCUCCUUCCACCAGGUAGCGUGGACCAGUUGACCGACUUGGUUUUGGUUAACGCGGCAUACUUCAAAGGAAUGUGGUUGAAAAAGUUCAACCCUGCGGAGACCAGGCAGGAGAUCUUCUAUGUCAGCCCAACCAAGCAGAUCAUGGUGGAUAUGAUGCACUUGGAGGGCACGUUCAAUUACGAAGUGUCUGAAACUCUCGGCGCUCAUAUCCUGGAAAUGCCAUACAAAGGGGAGGACAUCAGUAUGUAUAUCUUGCUGCCGCCUUUUUCCAAAACUAACAGAGCCCUGGAGAACACCCUGAGCAAGCUUACGCUUCAGGAAUUCAACAACAUCGUCGAAGGCAAGAAUUCCUUCAGCCAUACUGUGCAAGUAUCUUUACCCAAGUUUAGUUUGGAACAAACCAUCGAGUUAGUGCCGGUACUCGAAGAACUAGGCAUAGGGGAUCUUUUCGAGUCAACUAGGGAUCUUUCAACUUUGUCUGCUAAGCCCACCAAGUUGGACAGGGCUAUACACAAAUCUCGCAUAGAGGUCACUGAAGAAGGCACUGAGGCAGCUUCUUCCACUGUUUUGUUCAGUUUCAGAUCUAGUAGACCCAUCGAGCCCGCUCAAUUCAACUGCAACCAUCCUUUCAUUUAUAUUAUUUAUAGCAAAGCCGAGGGUGCUACAUUGUACACAGGGGUUUUCAGAAGUCCGAAUUAAUGAAACGAUAGACUAAUAAUAUUUAAGUGUAUGUAUAUAUCUGUUUCUUAUGUAAAUGAAAGAAAAUUGAUACAAAAUUUUGAAACUGCAUAACAUCAAUCCAAACAGAGUAUAAACAAAAAUCUCCGUAGCUUUUGAACCGAUCGUUGUACCCAUUUUUGAGUAGAUUUCAUUCAACAGUGAACUUCCUUGAGACCACCUUUAUUAGGGACAAGUAGGUACAAAGAUUCAACGUUCAUAAUUAUUUUGUAAUAAUGAAUCUAGUUCUCCCCAAACUACGUUCUAGAUGUUGUAUCCUGAAUGUGAAUUGAAUCACCUUCAAUUCAAAAUAAUUAAUAUGAAAUUAUUCUUGGGUAAAUUAUUGAAAAUUUUCAUUUAAUUACUGUUUGUGCUCAGAUUUAAGUGAUAAUUAUAUUUCUUAUUUAUCAGUUAAUUGGAAAUCUCAAGUUACUUUCAUACUAUGGAAGGAUAUAGAGACAAAAAAAAACUUUAAACAUGUUAAAAUUAUAUUUUGAUCAUAAAGUAUGUCAGUAUUUACGAGAUUCAUACACGAAAUAAUGUACAUAGAAUAUUUAUAGAUAUAGAAUAAAUCAAUAAUUUUUUAAUAUUUAUUUCUUCAUUCGAAACUUGCAAUUAAUUUUUAUGAUAACGUAAAAACUGUGAUAGUUUCGCAGAAAUGUAUCAAAAAAUUCAAAGUUACUUUUUGAAAUAAAAAAAAGUCAUCAUA